AAGCGCCGGCAGCGUACAGCACAGUACCGCUGUUGUGUUGCUGAUUUGUUUUCUGCGGGUUUAUAAUCUAAAUUAAUGCUUUUACAGAUGCGGGAGAAGAAAUCCUCAAAAGAGAAGAAAAGAAAGCACUCUCACCGAGAGUCUGACGAUGGAGACAGAAAACGGAGAAGCACUGAAUCCAGCGUGGAGGUGGAUCCUAAAGAGGAGGCGGAUCAUCUGGAAGAGGGAGUCGAAGAGCCGAGCGACAUAGAGGAAGGCGGACUGGACCUGAACGUGCCUUUCAAACCCAUAAGCGCCUACGUGACGGACAGACAGGAGAUGCUGGAGCAGUGCUUCAGAGUUCUCGGCGAAAACAAACUGAGAAAGAUGCUGCCGGACGAGUUAAAGGAGUGUUCGUUUGCAGAGAUAAAGACGCUGUGCUGGGAUCAACUGAAGGAGCUGUCCGAAAGCAACCUGCUCCAGAUACUGGAAGGUGAAGAGUUGACGGCUAACUCGGAAGCUGAGGAGAAUGAAGCUAAAAGGAACUCGGUGGACAGUCAGCAGGACAAUAAUGUGGAUUCCACCUCCUCUAUGAAAGAGACGGCUGAAGCAGAGGACAAACAAGGGGGCUCUGGAGAGGAGAGUGACGUUCUGAGCAUCAACGCAGAUAUGGACGACAGUGACAUUGAGGGCCACAGGGAUGACAAACCUGCAGAAGAGGAAGCUCCCGCUACCAUAGCGAUGACCCCUUCGGCCUCUGCUCCCCCUGAAGAACCAGAAUCCCUUCCGGCUGAGCCGAAACUAGAGCUUCAACGUGACAUCGACAAGAGUGUCAGUGAAAUCCUGUCCCUGACCACGUCUCCUUCCAGCAAGGAGGAGCUAGAGCUGCCAGUUGCCGUGGAAACUACUCCAGCCUCACUUCCUCUUCCUCCAGCCCAGGUGACAGUGCCCUCAGCACAGCAGCUGGCCCUGCUGGAGCUGGAGAUGAGAGCCAGAGCCAUUAAAGCACUAAUGAAGGCCAAUGACCUCAAGAAAUAAGCUAGCGAUUGAUGUAUAUGUGCUUCGCCCACAAAUGCGCACUUUCAUAGCUACUGUUGCUAAACUGGACAAGCUUUACAGAGUGCAAGGAGAAAUCCCAUUUAACCUGAUGAGCAACUGUAGAACAGACUCAGUUUAUAUCACAGUACCUACAUUUAGUGAUACAAACCGAGUGAGUUCUACAGUUUCUCAUUAGGUUGAAUGAAUAACUCACUCUAAAUGU